AAAUAAAUAGGUUAGUAAAAUAGUAAAUAAUGUCAAAUAAUUGAAACAAAACUAAUCAACUAAUGUAAAAUGGUUAUUUACGGUAUUUAUAUUGUAUCAAAGUCUGGGGGUUUAAUUUUUAAUUACGACAAUGUUGUCCCAAAAAUCGAAUCGGAAAGAAAGUUUACUUACCCCUUAGAUAUCAAGUUACGUUCUGAAAACAAAAAAAUUAUUGUGGAAUUUGGUCAAAAAGAUGGGAUUCAAGUUGGCCAUGUAUUAAAUUCAGUAAAUGGUAUACCAGUUACUGGACUACAAAUGGAUAAUGGUGUUAAUGCUUUAGAAUUCAUUGAGAAGGAAGAAAACUAUCCUGUUACUCUACAAUUCGCUAGACCUAAAAUGACAACCAAUGAAAAGAUAUUUUUAGCAAGUAUGUUUUAUCCUCUCUUUGCAAUAGCCAGUCAACUCAGCCCAGAACAGAAGUCCUCUGGUAUCGAAGUUCUUGAAGCUGACACAUUCCGAUUAAACUGUUUUCAAACCUUAACUGGUGUUAAACUAAUGAUUAUCUCAGAUAGAACUCAGACUGGAGUUGAUGUUUUACUUAGACGAAUAUAUGAAUUAUAUGCAGAUUAUGCUCUAAAAAAUCCCUUCUACUCUUUAGAGAUGCCCAUAAGAUGUGAACUCUUUGAUGUUAACUUAAAAAGUUUGUUAGAGCAAAUAGAAAAAGGUGUAAAUAAUAUAUAAGUAUAAACAA